AUGCCACGUCUCUACGUGGGCGGCUUGACCCACCUGGUCACACAGAAAGAUCUGACCGAUCGCUUUGGAAAAUUUGGACAGGUGGAGGACGUGGAGCUCCGGACAAGGAAGGAUGACGAGGGUGUUCCCUACAAAACCUUUGCUUACAUCAAUCUCAACAUUUCCGAUACUGACCUAAAGAAAUGCAUGACAGUAUUGAACAAAUCUAAAUGGAAAGGAGGAACUCUGCAGAUCGAACCUGCCAAGGAGAGUUUUCUGCAUAAGCUGGCUCAAGAAAGAGAGACUGAGCAGCGGCGCCAAUGUCAGCACGCAGACGAUAAACAACAAAAUGUUAACAAGCUGCUGGAAGCUUUCAGCAAAGCCGGCGUUAACAACUUCACCAUGAAGGCGGCUGUGCCGGGCACGGAAGUACCCGGACACAAGGACUGGGUGGUGAGUAAAUUUGGCCGCGUGCUGCCAGUCAUGCAGCUACGCUGUAAGAAAGGCAGCAAAGCUCGCACCCUCAAGUACGACCCGUCUAAGUACAGCCACAAUAUCCGGCGUUUGACCCCACCCGUGACCGCCCCCGAUGCUGCCGACCCGCCCACACCGGUGGACAAGCUCACCUGGCAGAUUGAAGGCGGGGACAAUGAAAUCAGCAAAAAGAGGCGGGGAGAGUUUGCGCCAUAUAAAUCGACAAGACCCAAGAAGACUUGUGCGGAGGUGCUCGAAUUGCUAAACAGCGCUAGACCCGCCAAGUCAGAAAAUCAUCAUCUGACCAAUGGUUUUAGCGUGGUUAGCGACAAGCAUCCGAUUCAGAACAGACGUUACGAGGACAGCGACGUGGACUCAGAUGAGGAGAUACACCGGUUGGCGGCGCUCGAGCGGCUUUCUUACAAUGCACCGGGCAGGGAUAUGGAGGAGGACAACCUGGAAGUAGUGGGAGACGACUACUUUCUCAAGGCAGGAGUCUCACAUAAGAAGAUUUACGGUAUACCAAAGCACAACCGAGAUGAUGAGGAUUACGAUUCAGCCGACACGGAUGAGCUCUUUGCUUCAAGGAAACGUUCUCCUCCUCCUCCUCUGGAGGACAUGUCAGGAAAAAAGGGGAAGAGGGAGAGAGGAAGAAAAGACGAUGCGAGAGUGAACGGGAUUUCUGUUUUUUCUGGGGAACAAGAAGAGGAGGACUACCAGUCUGCUGACACGGAUGAGCUUUUCACUCCAAGGAAAUGUCCUCUUCUGCCUCUGGAGAACAUCUCAAGAGAUAAGGAGAAAACAAGAAAAGAAGAAGACAAUUCUACUGGCAUGAAGAAAAUAUCCACUCCUGGAAAACCUUCUCCUCCUCGUCCAAACAAGAUCUCAGGAGAAAGUAUGGGAACAAAGAAGAGGAAAAGAAAAGAAGAGGACCAGAGGACAAAGAAAAGUGUCGUUUCCGAAAAGGCUGAUGAAGAAGACAACUCUUCUGACAUUCAUAAAAUCUCAACUCACAAGAAAUCGUCUCUCCUUCCUCCAAAGAUCCCUGGACAAAAUGAGAAGAAGAACAUAAAAGAGGACAAGAGUACUACGAAAACAGCUUUUAUUUCCAAGGAGGAAGAGGAGGCGGAUGAUGAAGAAGAAGAGGAUGACAAAUCUGACUACUCCGCCGAUUCGGAGUAUGAGGCUAUGUUCUCCAAUGUCACCCAUCUGGAAAUCUCCCUGUCCGAUCUCCAGAAGCUGGCUGGGGAAACCCAGCCGACAUCGGAGGAACCUCCACCCCGACGCACAUUUAAGAAAGGAAUCCUGCCCGAGGAAAUUCUGGCGUCCCUCCUGCGGGAUGACGGCGACGAGUACGAACGUGAAUCUGAGAAGAAGAAACGGAAAACGACGCUUCCUCCCUUUCGGGGCACGGCGAUGCUCUACCAGGAGGAGGAGCUGAAUGCAGAGUCCUCAAGAGUGGAAGAGGAAGUAAAGGUGACCUGUCGCGAUGAAAAAGAAGAAGAACGGCAAAGGAAGGACAACACGAUGAGACUGGCCUCCUUUCAGGAGGAGGUGAUGGAAAGGGAAGGUCAUGAAAAAAAGGAGGAGAAUGUUGGGUCGUCGUCUUCUGGAGAGGAAGAGGAAGUAAACGUUAAGUGUCGUCCCAAGUUGAGCACUCAGUAUGAAAAAGAUUGGAAGAAGAAGGACAAGACUACAAGACUGGCUUCCUUCCAGGAGGAGGAGGUGAUGGAAAGGGAAGCUCAAGAAAAAACGGAGGUAAAUGUUGAGUCGUCGUCUUCUGGAGAGGAAGCAGGAGAAAAGGUGACGUGUCGUCCCAAGUUGAAUGCCAUGGAAGGAAAAGAUCGGCAGAAGAAAGGCAAAACUGCGAGACUGCCCUCCUUCCAAGAGGAGGUGAUCGAUAGAGAAGCUCAAGAAAAAAAGGAGGAGAAUGUUGAGUCGUCGUCGUCGUCUUCUGAAGAGGAGGUAAAGGAUACGUGUCGACCCAAGUUGAGUGCUCAGGAAGAAGAAGAACGGCAGAAGAAGGACAACACUAGGAGACUGGCCGCCGUCCAACAGAGAUUAAAGGAGACGCAGCGGCACAAGGAGCUCAUCCAGGGGGCGCUCGCCAACGUGGAUGCUGGUCGUGCCAAAACAGGAAAACACAUCGUCUUUGAUUCCGAUGACAAUGAGGAAGAGGAAACCUCGCCGCUCUUGGACGGCCAAUUAGAGGACUCACACGAGGAGUCGGCGACCAAUAAGAGCGUGCCGUCCAUAAAUGAACACGGCUCCAAAAUGUCGGGCCCUCAACUUUUCGACAGCAGUGGGGAAGACGACAAGGAAGAGGAUGAUGGCGGCGGGUUCCACGUCAGGCCUCAAUUUGAAGGAAGAGCGGGGCAAAAGCUGAUGGCGCUGCAGUCACGCUUCGGCACGGAUGAGCGCUUCAGGAUGGAUUCGCGAUUUCUAGAAGAAGAAGAAAUGGACCAAGAGUCAGAUGGUAAGGCCAAUGUGGCGGAGGAUGAGGAGGCUCUCCAGGAGGAGAAGAAGAGGAACAUGUCCAUCCUCCAGGGCCUUCUGGGACAUCAAGCCAACAGUGCCAAGACUUCCACCAAGACUAAAACCUUCAGAGACGUAUCGGCGCUGCACUACGACCCCAGCCGAGAAGAACACGCCGCCUUUGAAACCAAAGCUGUGAGCAGCAAGGAAAGCAAGUCGACCCGGCGCAAGAAGCGCGAGGAGGCACAGAAGCUCCCCGAGGUUUCCAAGGAAAUCUUCUACGACGUGUCUGGUGACCUAAAGGCCAUGUUCGGCUCCGUCACUGACCAGCAGCCUGCAGAAGCGGUCGAAAUCGCCUGGGAUCAAAACCAAGAUGAGGAGAAAGAAGAAGAAGAGGAGCAACCUCAAGGGGAAGAACCUUCCGGCUUUAUGUUCUCAUUCUUUGGAGAUGAUAUCCAGACUGCAAGUAAACCUGAAGAGUACAAGAUUGAGAGCAUCCAUACUGCCAAGGUGUCGUCAUGGCAACAAGACCCCCGCCUGCAAGACAGCAGUGAGGAAGAUGAAGAGGAGGAAGAAGACGAAGUGCAGAAGGAGAAAAACAACACACCACCUAAAAACCAAAGGGAUGAAAUUGCGCCCGCCAUGAAUGAGUUCUUCUUCUUCCACCUUGAUGACAGCAGACUGACAGAGGGCCCCAAGUGGUUCUGUCGCUCAUCUCAGCUGGAGGACGAGCGAGAUGAGUGGGAGGAGAGGAGGACUGAGCUCAGACAGGAGUACCGCAAGAAGCACAGGGACGCCCGCAGGAAGCUCAGAUCCUCGCAAAAGACUUGA